AUGGCUUCAGCGCUGGAAAGCUAUGUCAACAAAUUGGUGGAGAUUGUCACAGCUGAUGGUCGAGUCAUUGUGGGAACUUUGAAAGGAUUUGAUCAGACCAUCAAUCUCAUCUUGGACGAGAGCCAUGAGCGUGUCUACAGCACCGGCCAGGGCGUGGAGCAGGUCAUUCUUGGCUUGUACAUUGUCAGGGGGGAUAAUGUGGCUGUGAUUGGUGAGCUGGAUGAUGACACAGACAGCGGAUUGGACUUUGAAAAUAUCCGGGCAGAACCCCUCAAUGCAAUAGUACAUUAA